CGGGCUCGACCCACCCAGAUGCGGGAGGGAAGCUGGCUGCGUACCCCGGCCCGGUGCGCUCCGCUCGGCUUCUCUCGGCUGCUCCGCGCAACGAAUGGAGUGCGCCCGGGCGGCAUCGGGAGGAGGCCAAGCCGGGGCCGAGGUCCCAAUGGAGCCCUUGGGAAGCCAGGUGCCCGAGGUGGAGCAGCCGCAAGUCCCCGCGGGAGAGCGAGGGCCCGGGAGCCCCGCGAGCAGCCCGAUCUCGGCCCGGGCCGCGAAGGAGGCGGCGGGCGCGGGCCAGGACCUGUCAGGCGGGAGGAAGCUGCCCUCGCCUCGCCCCGCGCUCCUGCGGGUGCCGCCGCCCAGCCUGGGCUACGGCGCCUUCCGCCGCCAGACGUCCUCCGGCCCCGAGCCGCCGUCGCCGGGCCCCUCCGCGGCCCAGCAGUCCCGGGACGGCGAGGCGCCGGGGGCCGAGCUGGCGCCCUGGGCCGCGCAGGGGGAGCCGGCGCCCGGCGCCUGGGCGCCCAUGGAACUGCAGGUGGACGUGCGCGUGAAGCCCGUGGGCGCGGCGGGUGGCAGCCGCGCGCCCUCGCCCGCGCCCUCCACGCGCUUCCUCACCGUGCCGGUGCCCGAGUCCCCAGGCUUCUCCCGCCACACCUCCCCCGCCUACCCGCUCCUGUCCCCGGGCGGCACGUGGGGCCGGGCCGCGCCGCUGGCCCCAGCCCGGGCGGAGCGUGGCCACGACGCCGAGGGCCGGGCCAGCCCCGCCGAGGGGCGCGCGGAGUCCCCGGGCUCCCCCACGUGCCGCUGCCGCUGCCGGGAGCUGGGGCUGGAGAAGCGGGAGGACGCGGUGCUGCUGCCGCGCGCCGACGCCGACUGCGACUGGAAGCUGCCCCGGGCCGUGACGCUCGUAGGGCUGCCCAUGUACCUGAAGUCCCUGCGCUGGGCCCUGAUAGUCAUGGCCCUGCUCCUGGCAGUGUCUGCAGUCGCCAUCGUGGCCCUGGCCUCUAGAGCAGGGGCCAGGUGCCGGCCCUGCCCCCAGGGCUGGAUGUGGUCCGAGGAGCACUGCUACUACCUCUCUGCUGACACUCAGGCCUGGGAGGCCAGCCAGGCUUUCUGCGCAGCCCACCAUGCUACCCUCCCCCUGCUGAGCCACACCCAGGACUUCCUGAGCAGAUACCCAGUCACCAAGUACUCCUGGGUGGGGGCCCGGCGAGGCCCCCAGGGCUGGCACUGGAUCGACGGGGCCCCCCUGCCACCCCAGCUAGUUCCGGUGGAGGACGAGGACGAGCCGGAUCUCAAGUGCGGGGGCCUGGAGAGAGGCAAACUUGUGGCUUUGGACUGCGCCUCUCCAAGACCUUGGGUCUGUGCCAAGGGGACCGAGUGAUGUGGGUUCCGCUGUCCUGAGUCUGUUGGCAUGCAGCCCCCGCAGGGGAGGCCAAGUUGAGAGCGGGAGCAGCUUUUGCCUGGACUCUGGCUUCCAGGCCUCCCUGCUCCACGCUCUAGGGGCCCUUCCUGGGCGAACCAGAGAGCUGGACUUCUGGCGCAGGAAGAUCGCAUCGAGGGGGAGGAGACCUUCUGUGGCCAUGGGUCUCGAUGCCCACUUAGUCUCCAGCUUCUGAAGCAGAUUUGUUUGGUGACCUGGGGAUGGCUUUUUUAACAUUUCUCAGCCUCGAUUUCUCCCUGAUUAAAAUGGCCAUUUCCCAUUGUCUCCCUUACCUGCUUAAUCACAGGCACACUCUCUCAGUCAUAGAGGAACAGAAAGACUAAUGACCACAGGUGAUCCCCAUCUGGGUCUCAUCUGAGCCCAUGAAAUGAGUCUUCUGUCGUUUUAUGGCGUUGGGAUUUGGCAGUGAUAACAUCAUUGCUAUAAAUGCCAUUCCCAGGCAGCUGGGCGCAUGGCUGACACAGCUGACACAGCGGCAGUGACAGCAAAUGAGAAGUGGCUGUCCCCAGCAGAGGAAAAGGGAGGGGCCUUCCCUGUCCCGAGAGUUGGCAAAGGGCUCGCAGAGUGAAGUUCUGCAUAGAGACUGGCGUGUGGGGCCCCGGGGCCUCUGACCAGCUGACGGCCAAGGCUGGGAAGAUGCAGAGGACAGGGCCACCUGGGCAGGAGAAACAAGGGAGCAGCCCCUGCUUGGUCGGUGGAGUUGUCGCAAAGCAGGGGUCCGUCGGAGUGAGAACGGCACUGGGAGACGUGUGGGGAUACCAGCCUGAAGAUGUCUCUCUAUCAGGGUUCCGUGAAGGGCCUUCGGGCUAGAGGGAGUGGCAAUGGGGUGGGACGAAGGGCUCGUUUAAUCACUCCGGCCUCGACCUGCACCUUAUCUUGGUGCUGAGCAUUCAACACAACUGUAAUGUGCAAACCAACCUUCCUUUUAAAGUCAGACCAUGCAUCCAAAUUCUUUUCAAACGGGGAUAUCUUCAUUGGUCCAUUUAAACCAGCACCUUGUACUGAAUGUCUGGGCCGUCUCGGAGAAGGGGGCUAGUUCUAAGAGUGCGCUUGACAAGCAAUAAAAAUCUUAGAAACA